UUACAUAACCUAAAAAUUUUCAAUCUUUAAUCUUUUGUUACAGUCAUAGAGUAAAAGGAAAAUCUUGGAAGGCAGACGGAAAUCAUAAAUAAUGCUUAGAUCCUUGAUAUCAGCAUCAAAAACAAUAACAAAGUUUGCAAUUCAAACUCCCUUAUUGGCACAAAAUGUAUCCCAACAUUCAAGUCUGGUGUCCUCUGCCUUUAAUAGGUAUUAUUCGAUUAUUCAACCAAAAAUCACUGCCCCUUUAUUAAACAAUUUGGGGACAAACCAUUUCCUAAGUAAUGUCCCAUCAAGGUCGAUAACAAAAUAUUCCAUACGAAAAGGGAAAAGGAAGAGUAAUAAGGCAGUUCUUGCAAGGUUCUACAGACUGCAUUGGGGCAUCUGGAUAAGGAGAAUUGCAGGUUGUCACAAGAAAUUGUGGAAAAAGAGCCCUCCAAGGAGGAGGCGACUAAGACAACAUGUGUUUUGCAAUGCCACUCAGAGCAGGAUGCUUGACAAGAUGGUAAAUAACUUCUGGAGAAGGCCUAAAUACUAUGUCGAUAAUCCUUAUAAUCCAUAUCAUACUAGAGAGGAGUUUCAGUUUACAUACACCAAACCUAGACCAUACUCACCUCCAGAAAAUGUAUAAGCUUAGUCAGGCUUUGUAAUUGGUUUAAUCUUAAUGAAUAAAAUUUAGUGCUGUUUUGAAAA